GGCCAACUUAUCUUUCCCGGUGCCCCCCUCCAUCACGCGAUUUUCGCCGACAUCUCUUCGCCUCUUUCUCUCCCUCCUUCGCUCCCGCAGCCUGGCUCGUUUUUACACACUCUCCCUCAAACGCGCGUGGAGCGUAUUACCGUUAACGGGUACCUGGCCCGCCUCCUCCGAGUAGCAAUCAUACCAAGAUCAGAUGGAUCACUCUCAUGCUGAGGCUAGCGAUCGGGAACGGGCAACUUCUUCCUCGUCCACUGCUACACCCCGCAAGUUCAGCAUUCGCAGUAACUUUGGUAAAGCCCGUCAGCCACGGAGCCGCAAGAACAGACCCUGCGACGCCUGUCGUCGCCGGAAGACUGCUUGUGUCAUCACCUCUGAACCCCCUUGCCUUUUCUGUAAAAGCAGAGGCUUGGUAUGCCAGUCCCUCUCCGAUACUGACCCUCUAGCCCACCGGCCUACAUCCGGCCCUGGGCCCGAGUCCUCCAGAGGCCAAGAUGCACUAAGCCCGGCGUCCGCAUCUGCUUCUGUAUCUGCAUCUGGCACAUCGGCCAUCUCACCGUCGGCGCCAUCUGAAGCUACUCGGCACAGAUCCGAGUCCGCAGCCGUUGUACACAACGGUCUCGUGCGCCAUCCCGUGCCAGCUCCUGGAGAAGGUUCCCUGGAUCGAAGCAUCAGCCUAGAUCCACCGCGCCUGGAGCCUAAUCAAGAAGUCGCCUACGCUCUUGAAGAUGUCCCAGGCCGUACGGCGCACGCCAUGGCGUUAGGCUCAGAGCAGGACCCUUACUUCCUCGACGCCUUUAGAUCCGUGCUUCUCAGUGAGCGCGAGGGCAUUGACGCCAACUUUGUGCAGGUCUACCAUGGCGGGCCUGAUGUGGAUGAUUACCCGAUGCACUUCCUCCUGCUGCUUGACGAGUUCCCCGAUCACAAGAACGAGGCUAGGCAGGUGGCGUCCGAUGCGAUAGAGCGCAUCGUCUGGCCCCACGGCCCGGCCCUCGUCCGUCUUUAUUUCCGGCACGUUCACGUAGGAUUCCCCGUCAUCCACAAGACUCGCUUCCUUCGGCAAUACGCGACCGCCAAGCUUGACAUACCCUCGUCGCUACGGGGCGCCGUUUACGCCUUGGCGUGUGUGUUCUGGAAGCAGGACGCAACGCUUGCGGGAAUACCUUGUCCAUUCCAGCAGCAUGAGCUCACUAACAAUGCCCAAGAAGCGUUGAGACGAGAGCUUGAUGCGCCUAAUCUCUCGAGGCUAAUGUCAGCCCUGCUGCUGAUGCACAUGGUACCCCCAGAGAUUGACAGCGUUGAGACACCGUAUGUAUGGGUAAUGGCCUGUCAAGCCACAGCAACAGCGCAGAUGCUCGGUCUGCACCAAGACCCUGACAAGUGGAACAUAGCGCCCUGGGAGAAGAGGUUACGCAAAAAGCUCUGGUGGGCAGUCUUUUACACAGACUGCUGGUCAGCUGUAAGCCACGGUAAUCCCCCGCAUAUAAGCUACGAGUCCUUCACGACUCCACCCCCGGACAUGGAUGAUCUGCGGUCUGGCGAGGAUAUCCCUGACGAUCUUCGCUAUAUGAUCGAUCCUGAGGAUGCCACGUUCCGCGUGUCUGACGGUGCACGCUUUCUUGAGAUGAUCACUGUGUCUCGGGAGAUGCGUGCCAUCCUUGACUGCAGCUACGGUGUACGAUCAACUCAACAGACGCGUACUCAACUGAUACCUAUCCGAGACACCCUCAAGGAAUGGCCCAGCCUCAUCCCGAGCUGUUUGGCCGUGAGACCCUACGCCCAUAACGGACCCCUUCACAUAUCCUUCUUCGCUACGCAGGUGCUGCUCUUCCGGGGUCUAAUGUUCCCAGCCACAAGAGCCGCAAAGGUCACACCAGGAUCUAAUCUUCAGCGAUGGCUCUCCACCGCACUAGCAGAGUUCGAGCUCUUCACGACAUUCAUGGCGUACAUCACCGAGGAGGAACUAACAAGCUUCUGGGGAAGAUUUGCCCGAACGCAACUUAUCUUGUGCGGAAACUUUCUGAUCUAUCUCUUCUUGCUGGCGAGUGAUCCGCGAGAUAUCGAGGCUGCUUAUCGGUUGUUGGAGAAGUUUCAUCAGUCAUUGCAGCGACUUGGUGCUACGGAGGAUGUAGCUGCAAAGGUUUUCUUGCGACCUGUUAUUCUGAGGAUUGAUUCGUUCUUCAUGCAAGCUACAGAGCUGAUCAAGCAUGGAAGAACGGUUGUUCUGGAACCACCUGUCAUGACAGUUCCAAGGGGUGAAUCUUGAAAAGUUCAGAGAGUAUAAUUGGAUAUUAGAGUGCAGUCUUUUCUAUCAUAAUGAAUAAUGACCAACUGAAUCAUACGUAAAUUAUCCUUUUUUUCC